UAACGCAAUGUUGUUAAAAAUAUAAUCUUCUUUUUUGUUAGGGGAGAUUCAGAGUUAAAUUUCAGCUGGACAGGGCUGGCCCAAACUUGGGCACUCUUCUUCGUUUGUUCGUUCUCAGAGGAAGCAGGACCGCAAGCCCACAUAGAUGCAGUUGAACUGUUGAAGAAAAACCCCAACAUCAAUUAGAAUGAAGAGAGAGUAAACAAACUACUAUUCAUAUUCAGUCGGGAUUGAAUCUCAAGAAGUAGAAUGGCGUUUCAGGGAUUCAGGCAGAAUACAGGUCCCAUUGGCCCUCCCAAAACGGAAACCCCUUUUGGGAAUUUUCCCCGUACUCCUUCACCUCCUCCUCCUACUUUCCCCCCAUCUCCCAGGGGAUUUGAAGCUCCGGAAAGGAUACAUCCACAACCCUUGCCUUUUGUUGGACGCCAUCCUAUAGCAGCUCCAUCUCGCGCUUUUGCUGGAGAACAGAGGCGUAGUGAGACUCUUCCUAAAUGGAGUUAUGGGCAAAAAUACAUCUACCAUGAUUAUGAUGCCCAAGCCCACCAACUAUCUCCCGAAGUAGUGCCACCUGUAGCUUCAGGGUUUUCUGAAAAUGCCCUCUCUGCCAGAGGUGCCCAAGUUCAAGAUUUCCGAAGAACUGGGCCACGUUCUUCAUUGCCUUCUGAUGCAGAGAUUCCGGGAGCCUCCAGGACAAUGAGGGGAAGUCGUUCAGAUUUGAUAUUCAGUGAUCAGGGUCACUUUGUUACCCAGCAAAAUCAAUCAUCUCCAUCAUUCCAAAAUAAGAGUCGAUUGUUUCCCCAGAGUACACGGUCAACUCCGUUGGCUUUUCAGAACAAUGUACAUGUAGAUGGCCAAAGUCCUCUUGGUGAAGCUCAGUGGCCUUCUCUGCCCCCUCAUAUGCUGGGCAACUCAUCCCAGUCGUUCCAAAACUUUCCAAUCCGAUUACCUCAACAAAAGAUGUCCUCGAUUCCAACAAAUUAUGAUCCUGGAAGAAAGAUCGCAGUGAAGCAUGCUGACCAAGUCUCAAAAAGAACAAGGUCCCCGCCUCUUUCAUCUCCUAAUGGCGCUUCUUUUGAAAACUCAGCUUUUGGUCUACGUGAAUCCAAAAGGCCUUCCACCUCUCCUUCCAAAAUGAGGUCAGACGGUCUCCCUGACUCUCUAGCUCCUCAAAAGUCUUCACUGUCUGGAAAUGGUGUCAAUGUUGAAGUUGAUCUGAGUAAGCCAAUGAACUUUCCAGUUCCCAAAAGAACCAAGUUUCCUUCCGUACCUUCAUCUGGUCAAGUUCAUCAAGGUGACUCCAAUCAUGUAGAUGAUGAUAUUCAACGAGAAACUGAGGCCAAGGCAAAGCGCUUAGCUCGUUUCAAGGAUGACCUAAGCCACAAUGUGCGAGAUGAUUCUAGUACUCAUCAGAAGGGUCCCUCGAAGAGACAAUAUCAAUCUGUUAUGGACGAACAAAAAUUUGUUGCAGAAGUUAGUGUAGAUUCAACUGAUGAUUUCUCAAAUGGCAAUCUGUUAUCUGAUUAUCAUGGCUCAGAUUCUUCGGGUGUCAUAAUUGGGUCAUGUCCUGAUAUGUGUCCAG